ACCGGGCUGUUCCUCUGCCAUGGUGGCUGGUCCUUCGAAGAUCAUGGCAAUGCAAGCCUUCUAUGCUUUAGGCGCUGCGGCCAGCCAGGAAGGUGCGGGCUGCCACGGCAGGAUGUGGACGGUGCGUCUGGAGGGAGGUCCGCGCCGCGUAAACCACGCGGCCGUGGCCAUCAACGGCAAGGUCUACUCGUUUGGCGGCUACUGUACCGGCGAGGACUACAACACCCGCAAGCCCAUUGAUGUUCAUGUCCUGAACACAGUGUCCCUCCGAUGGGUCCUGGUGCAGACCCAGUCGCAGCCCGACGACGUGCCCUUCCAGAGGUAUGGCCACACUGUCAUGGGGUACGGAGACUACGCCUACCUGUGGGGCGGUCGCAACGACGAUGGAGCCUGCAACACCCUCUACCGAUUUGACACCAACACCCUGACCUGGAGCCGCCCAAAAGUGUGUGGCCACGUGCCGGGAGCACGGGACGGCCACUCGGCGUGCGUCAUGGGCAACCGGAUGUACGUGUUUGGUGGCUUUGAAGAGCAAGCAGACCGUUUCUCGCAGGACGUCCACUACCUGGACCUGGACACCAUGCUGUGGCAGUAUGUGCCGACCAGGGGCCAGCCCCCACAGUGGCGGGAUUUCCACUCAGCCUCGGCCAUUGGGGGCCGCAUGUACGUCUGGGGUGGUCGCGGUGACAGCCAGGGUCCGUACCACUCGCAGAGCGAGGUCUACUGCAACCGCAUGGCCUACCUGGACACGGCCACCUCGUGCUGGGUGCACCCGCGCGUUGACGGCGUGCCCCCCGAGGGACGCCGAAGCCACUCGGCCUUUGUGUACAAUGGAGAGCUGUACAUCUUUGGGGGCUACAAUGGACUCCUGCUGACCCAUUUUGGUGACAUGCACAAGUAUGACCCGGAGACCUCGUGCUGGAGCCAGGUGAAGAUCCAGCGGGAGGGCCCCUGUGCCAGGAGGCGCCAGUGCUGCUGCAUGGUUGGUGACCGGCUGUUUCUCUUUGGUGGCACAAGUCCAACUCCAAAUCAGAUUGCCAGGCAGCGGAUGGAAGAGUUUGACCCCAACGACCUGACUCUCAUGGAUCACUCGGAUCUGCACGUCCUUGACUUUGCACCAACUCUGAAGACACUGUGCCUGCUGGCUGUCAUAGAUGCACGCAUGGACAUCAGCCACUUGCCUCAGGACAUCAGGUGGGAGAUCAGUGCCAUGACUACAAACAACAGCAUCUCCCGCCCAUCGCAGACGGCAGGUUGAGUCGCCUCCCGACAGCACCCCGCAGUGGAGGCGCCCUUCCGCCUUUGGCCCGGCCACUGGGCUACAGGUGGCAAAGGUUGUACAUAAAGUGGCGAACCACCGGGGGGGGGGGGGGUCCCUUCCUUCACGGCCUGGCGAACGAGACGGCCAGACUGUGCACGUCGGGAGGACAGUCGUUUCGGAGUCCUUCACAGUCUCGGAAGGGUCUUGUCUUGUGGAAAAAAAAAGUGUGCAUAACACGUUCCUCGAGUUCUUGGAAAGGGCUGCGUUUUGUGUUUUGUGUGCGGUUGUGAAAGCAGCGAUUGCUGGCGAUUGUUGUUCGCUCGAGCUGGUAGUUUUUGUGUGUGUGUGUGCAUGCAUGUUUCUUGUAGAAGUGUUGCCAAAAUCUUGCAACACCAUGGUGUGUGUUUGUGUGUCUUUUGAUGCUGAAAGAUAUAACCGCUCCUGCUCAGCAGUUUUUGUUUCUUGACUGAAAGUAGGCACUAUGGUAUUUUGGUGUUGUGUACACAGAUUUUUUGCUUGGAGGUAAGGAAGCUCAGAGAGCUGUAGAACCAGCCUAAACAUUGUUUUCUUGUUAUGUGUGGAAUGUUCAUAUAUCAAGCAAUCCAUUUUUUGUUAGCUUUUUUUCAUUAGCUUUGAAUGUGACAGGUCUUCUAUUCAAAUAAAUAGUAGGGGUGUGCAAAUAUUGACUACGGAACUAUGUAAUUAAAUUCAUAUUACAUCUGUAAACUGAAUGCUCAACAUUUAGUUAACAUGUGUUCUUUUCAGAAAUUGUAUUUAGCUAUUGGGCAUUUAGACGCCCCUACUUUUUUUUCUGUACUGGAGGUUCUUCAAGUCUUACUAAGAAGCUAGCAAACGGGCAUGGUUAAAAGAAAACUUUUCGCAAAAGUUUACAACCCAUCAUAUUUGCAUUAUUUCUUGUUGUAUGUGAGGCUACCUUUCAUUUUACAGUUAGAUGAAUGGUAAACCUCAGCUAGUGUUGUGCAGCUGGUACUAGUGUGGCAAAUCGACCAUUGUGAAGGGUUUCUUUUCCCCCAUUUCGUAGAUCUUUAGAGGUCAAAGAAAUCGAGUUUAGUGAACCCUCACUAUGUACGGAAGGGAUAAUUGGCAUCCACCAAAGCUUUUUUCUCUUUAUAAUCAUUUGAUAACCCUUCCUCCUACUCGUGCAAAUCUGCAAAACUAUUUGCCAUUUCAUCAAGUAUGUCGUACGAUUAUUGCUAACAAUGUGUUUCACGGGGCACGGUUAAAUUUACGCGGCCAGUCUCGCACUUGCCAACACUAUUUAAAUGCAUGAGCCUUCACCGCUUUUUGGAAGUCAUUCCUGGGUCUUUAUGUGGUAUGUGGAAAUGGAUGAAUGUUCAAGCUCGUGGCGGGCAGAUCAGUAAUUGCUUUGUACAGUUAGAUCAAUGUAAAUAGAUUAAGAGCUCGUUUUAGUGAGCCACGUGACUGUUCGCACGGAUAAUGGAAUUUCUACAAUACCGGAGCAUGGCAUUGCAAUUAUGUGAAAUGUAGGCUUUCGAAUGAAUUUUUUUCUUUUUUCACUGAGAGCCAAAUAUCAUCUAGAUCUCCUGGACACACGGUUAAGUUAUUUGCUGUACGAUGAAGUUUUUGUUGAAGCAUCGUUUUUGAGCUUAGGUUUGAACAUGCAUUGAAUGGGAUACAGUGGAAAAUGAACUUCUCAGAAAGAUCAGGUUAUGAAUUCAAUGUUAGCAUGUCACUUCAAGUUAUGCUUGUUUUGUUGAAUAAUACUUGUAGAACGAGCUCGUUAUGUUUGAAAGUAGCAUGUAAAGUUUGGAAGCGGCUCAUUUGGCUGGUGUUUCAAGUACAUCAAGUGUUGAAAAGCAGAGUAGUAGAGAUGAAUUAUCCCUUUUUUGCGAGAAUGUGAUCGAUUUAAUCACAUGUAAAGUUUAUUAAAUAUGACCACUUUUUCGGUCGCUGCUUCACUCAGCAUUGCGGGACAAAUUGGUGCAAGGUGUACUUCAGAAGGUCCAAACCAGAAGUCAAUUGCAAAGAGGCCUUCAGUUUGUGUACCACUCUUACCAGGCCAUGCAGUGUGCGGUUCGAGCUGACCUUUUAUUGUCACGACGUGUUUAUAGCUUCGUAAUCCCUAUAAAAAUAUAUCAUUAUAUGAUUGUUGCCAGUAUUGUACAAAACUCACGUAUUGGUUUUUAAACUUUUCAAGCAAGGGCCACAUUAUUUAUUCUGCUAGAGCUGUGCAAGUUCACUUGGUUGAAACUAGCAAUGGUAAUUGUCCUGAUUUAGGGAUGCGAAUUGCUUUCAUGCCACUGGGCAUCGUUCUUGCUCUGGCAGUUACCUAGAAGGGAAUGAACAUAUGGACAGGGCGUCAACUAAACUCUCUGUUGUAAAUGACGAGGUUAUGUUGAGACGACUUACAUACGCUGUCCUAAGUGUGUCAACACUUGAGACAACCAUGAGUGUUGGGUGUUUAAACUCGCUGUAUAGGUGGUCUUGAGACCCCCAGCAAUUGGUCAACCUAGCAGACCGUGCCAAUACUCUGGAUCCUACCAUUAGCAUUCAAUACCAGACAUUGAUGGUACAUUUUGAAGUAACGUUUUGUUCAGGCGGGAGACUAAAUUUUUGGCUUUGCUUGGGGGAUGAGCUUUGCUUGUGGGAUGAGAGAAGUGGCAAUAAGCUAAACGAUUUGCUACAAUUUUUAUGGGUGGCACUAAAGACUUUAAAAAGAUUCAGAUAAAGUGGCUUCUUCGAAGCUUGACGUGUUUGACUCGAACUCUUCUUUCUAGAACCACUACAUUCAAAUCUAGAGUUGCUCAGUAAGAUUGGCAGAGAAAAGCUUUAGUUACUUGUAUCUGCUGCUGCUGCUUGUAACCAUCAUCAUGAUCGUCAUCAUCA